CGGGCGGCCGGCAGUGCCGAGGCGAGGCCGGGCGGAGCGCGUCCUAUUCUGCGUGCUGAGCAACGGCCGGGCGAUGCGGGCGGCGGCGGGGUGCCUGGUGCUGGCCGGGGCGCUGGCGCUGGCGGCGGCGGGGCUAGCCGGGGCCCGGGAGAGCCGGCCGGCCUUGGAGCGGCUGCUGCCCGCGGUCGGAGCGCGCUUCGGCUGGACGAACUUCAGCUGCCCCGCCUGCAGGCUCCUCUUCAGCGCGCUGGACGCCGGCAUGCAGCUGGAGACCAGCGUGGAGCACCUGCAGCAGCUGGCGGCCAAGGUCUGCGUGACCCUGAAGCUGGCGCCCCCCGACGUGUGCCAGGAGGCCACCCGCCUCUUUGGGCAAGACAUGGUCACCGCCUGGGUCCACUCCGUCCUGCGCCCGGCUGAGAUCUGCGGCCUGCUGGUGGGCGCCCGCUGCGGCCACUGGGACAUCUACUCCAGCUGGAACGUCACCCUGCCUGAAACCCCCAAGCCCCCCGUGAGGCCUCCGGUGCCCCCCCCACCCGGCGCCCCCACGGCCCGCCUGCUCUUCCUGACGGACCUGCACUGGGACUGGCAGUACACCCCGGGCAGCGACCCCGACUGCAGGGACCCCCUCUGCUGCCGGGGGGGCCAGCCGCAGGGCCCCGGGGCCGGCUACUGGGGCUCCUACAGCAAAUGCGACCUGCCCCUCCACACUCUGGAGAACCUGCUGCAGCACUUGGCGUCUGCCGGGCCCUUCCAGGCUGCCUACUGGGCGGGCGACAUCCCAGCUCACAACAUCUGGCAGCAGACCCGCCAGGACCAGCUGCACGCCCUCUCCACCAUCACCAGCCUCAUCCGGAAGUACCUGGGGCCGCUGCCCGUCUACCCGGCGGUGGGCAACCACGAGUCUGUGCCCGUCAAUGCCUUCCCCCCGCCCUACGUGCCUGGGAACCAGUCCUCCGCCUGGCUGUACGAUGCCAUGGCCGACGCCUGGCAGCAGUGGCUGCCCCCCGAAGCCCUGCAGACCCUGAGGCUGGGGGGCUUCUACACCCUCCCCCUCUGGCGGGGCCUCCGCCUGGUUUCCCUCAACAUGAACUUCUGCUCCGAGGGCAACUUCUGGCUCCUGAUCAACGCCACCGACCCGGCCGGGCAGCUCCAGUGGCUGGUGGGCGUCCUGCAGAGGGCGGAGGAGAGCGGAGAGAAGGUCCACAUCAUCGGCCACAUCCCGCCCUCCCACUGCCUGCGGAGCUGGGGCUGGAAUUACUACCGCAUCAUCAACAGGUACGAGGCGCCUGGCACCUGGGCAAGUGCUGGUACCAGGGUUGGCGCACAGGCUCCCGCAGGGCGGUGCCCCUGCCCGCCCCAGCCUGGGCGUGGCCUGAUGGACCCCACUGUCCAUCAGCCAGAGCAGCUGGGAGGGAACCAGGCAGAGGGCGGCUAUCAACUCCCUCCCCGCCCGCCAGUCCUGGCCCAGGCAGCAGAGGGACCCGCCCAGGUCUCCCCCACCAAGCCCAGCCCUCCGUACGGACCCCCCAACGGGGGCCGAGAACCUGUGGCCGACCAGAGCCCCCAGCCCCCUUAG